UUUUCUUUUCUGGCAAUCAUAAUAAUAUGCUGAGGAUGGAUGACAUUUGACAAGAUUGCUGAUUUUAUAAAGUUCUAAGUGUUUUUUGAAAUAUAAAUGAAAUAAAGUAAAAAUUUACUUCAACGUGUCUACAUUGUAUUUGUUAUUCAUGUCAUAUAGUUAAUAGUUAAAAAAAAUCAUUAAAAAAGGCACCAACAAUGAUGGACGGAAAUGAUAAUCUAGCCUGUGAAUCUAGCAGAAGAGGUUUUAUUUCUCAAGGAUGGAUACGUAUUUCACAAAUAUAUCAAGGACUUUUAGAUAAAUGGACACCACAUAUAAAGAGUCGAUGGGCAGCCAGUAUAGUACUUUUAGCUAUAUUCAUCCUCCGAAUAUUUUUAAAGCAAGGCUGGUAUAUAGUUACAUAUGCACUAGGAAUUUACCAUUUAAACUUGUUUAUUGCAUUCCUUACACCAAAAAUAGACCCUGCUAUGGACUUUGAUGGGGAUGAUGAUAAUGGUCCUGCACUACCCACGAGAGCCACGGAAGAAUUUCGACCAUUCAUUCGAAGAUUGCCAGAAUUUAAGUUUUGGCUCUCAGUCACAAAAAGCACCAUAAUUGGUUUCUUCUGUACAUUCAUUGAUGCAUUCAAUAUUCCAGUGUUCUGGCCUAUAUUAGUGAUGUAUUUUAUUACAUUGUUUUGUAUAACAAUGAAGAGACAAAUUAAGCAUAUGAUUAAAUACAGAUAUUUACCAUUCACUCACAACAAACCCAAGUAUAGGACUGUGGACCCCAGUGUGACUGUAAACUGACAGUGUACGCCAACCUGCUCACACACUACCUUGAACUAUCAAAGAAGUAUGAAAACUGUUGUAUGGAAAUAUUUUUAGAAAUACAGUUUCUAUCAUAAUGUU